GUAAUCCACGCAUAGGGGACAUCCUGCAGAAGCUGGCCCCGUUCCUGAAGAUGUACGGCGAGUAUGUGAAGAACUUCGAUCGUGCCAUGGAGCUGGUGAGCACGUGGACGCAGCGCUCCGCUCAGUUCAAGAGCGUGGUCCAAAACAUCCAGAAGCAGGAGGUGUGUGGGAACCUGACGCUGCAGCAUCACAUGCUGGAGCCGGUGCAGCGGAUCCCGCGCUAUGAGCUCUUACUGAAGGACUAUCUGAAGAAGCUGCCCGCCGGAGCUGCAGACCGCAGAGACGCAGAGAAUGCUCUGGAGCUGAUCUCCACCGCAGCGAACCACUCCAACGCUGCCAUCAGGAAAAUGGAGAAGAUGCACAAGCUGUUGGAGGUGUAUGAGAAGUUGGGCGGAGAGGAGGACAUCGUUAAUCCAGCCAAUGAAUUCAUUAAAGAAGGCCACAUAAAGAAGAUGUCGGCUAAGAACGGCACGGCACAGGACCGAUACCUCUAUCUGUUCAAUAACAUGGUGCUGUAUUGUGUGCCCAAACUGAGGCUGAUGGGACAGAAGUUCAGUGUCAGAGAGCGAAUCGACAUCGCAGGGAUGGAGGUUCAGGAAAACGUCAAGCAGAACGCCCCUCACACUUUCACCAUCAUCGGCAAACAGCGCUCGCUCGAGCUGCAGGCCAGGACGGCUGAGGAGAAGGACGACUGGAUAAAAGUGAUCCUGGCGACGAUUGAGAAGCACAAGCAGAACAGCGAGACGUUCAAAGCCUUCAACAUCUCCUGUAGCCGUGAUGAUGAGCACACGCCUGACACGCCGGGCCUGUGGAGCAGCACGAGCACAUGUGAGGCAGACGGAGCUCAGCAUGAGAGGAAGAGCUCAAAGAAACGAGAGAAGGAGAAAGAAACAUGCAAAGGCUGCAGCGAGGCCUUCCAUUUCACCAAACGCAAACACCACUGCAAGAGCUGCGGCGCGGCCGUCUGUGGGAAGUGUUUGAAGGUGUCGGAGAGCAGGAACAUCCGCAUGUGUAAGCAGUGUUUUGAAGGCCUGCAGGGAGCUGAAGGGACAGCAGGAGGCGGCACUGAGCCUAAGAAAAAAGUCGAGAAGCACCUGUCAGUUGCUCAGUCUUCUCAACGGACAGGAAAAGUUGAGGAGUUGGACCAAGAGCUGGGCGGCCAUCACUGAAGCACAGCCUCUGCUGCUUUAUCAGCAAACCAGCACACAGGUCUCUCUGGCUGUGACAUCAGUGACAUGAGAAGAAGAAAGAGUCAGACGUGUUCAGACUGAUUCAAGAAUCUGAAUGAGCGACCGACUGAAUGGAGCUCCUGUCACAUGCUGUAAAGGGAGGAGCUAACAAGAUGUCAGUCACAGCAAGAGCCAAUAGGAUGCUUUCCCUCUCCCCCUUUAUAAAGAACUCCUGUUACUUGAAAUCACUUUAUCCUCAGCACUUUUUUAUUCUUUCUUUUGAAGAUCCUUUUACACGAUCAUUACUCUUUCAGCAGCACUCACACUGUCACGCCUUCAUCUGAGUGUGAGAGUGACUGUUUGUCAAUGCACUGUUCCCUUCCAGCACUCAUGUCUGCUUGUGUUGCACUGGAUGAAGAUGUUGAGAAUGUCUAUAUAAUGUUACGAUGAAUGUUCUUUUUUUUUUUUUGCCUUUCAGAUGUGUUAUUAGUUAAAGCAUUAAGUGGCUGUUCUUGUGAUGCACUGUCAGUUCACACCUUCAUGAUUCCCUUAGUUUUUUCUUUCUGAUUUUUAAAGAUGAAGUGAACUGAAGCACAAAGCACAUAAAGCACACGUCAUAUUUCACUCAAAAUCAAAAGAAAGAAAGGAUAUUGUGCAUAAAAGAAGCUUAUUUUAUUUUCCGUAUCUCUUCCGUUAUUUUCACAGUAAUUAAGCACAUUUCACAUCAAAUUCUCAUAAAUUCUUAUUACCGUCAUGCAUAAGAAAAAUAAUGAUAUAUUUCAAUUGCGUAGUGUUCAUACACCGUGGUUUGAGUUAGUUGUAUUGCCUUUAUGGUGUUGAUUUAAAAAAGUAAAUUUUUACCAUUUUUACAGUAAUGAGAAUGUAGUAAGAAUCACCACUGAGAAUGAGGAAAAGCCUAAGCGUCUGCACACAUUACACGAAUGACAAUGAGAUGCUUUUAACAUCACAGUGAAUAUGCAUGUCAGAAUGUAAAAAAAUCAUAAUGGUCCUAAAACGGCUUUAUUUUUCACAAUGCUACACAAUGUCUUGGUUUUUUGGAGUGAAACCCUGUUCCGUUUUCACAACAUUCACCCUCAAUUUCACAAGACUGGUCUCACGGUGCGUUCAUAAACUCUUCUGAAGUCUUUGCUAAGCAUCAACAUCCAUGGUCUGCUGUUUCCUCAAACUGUGUUUUGUACCAACGAGAGAUCAUUUUCACCUUCUUCAAGAGGAUACCCAGCUUUAUUGUUUAAGGGCAGAUUCCUGUGGCAGGCCACUAAAUAUUAUACCCUCCUAUAGAACAUUUUCACUAUAGACUUUUCAGGUAAAGGUUUGGAUGAGAAAACUAGGUUCAGGAACAUAGGGAAACUCAAUUCCUGCGUCACUUUCCUCUAGCUCUUCAUACCGUUUCACCAGCGGCACACUUCUAUUUUGUAUGCAGCAGUAUUGUGAUUGCAACAGAAGUACUGUACGCCUGCACACUCAGAGUCCAGUCUGUGAGCCUGGAGGUCGAUCAUGGUCAACAUGUAAUGAAUGAUGUAAACAUUGCAUUUGCUUCCCUUUUAAUAUUGUUUGAACCCUUGAAGCAGAACCAGUAUUAUUAAAAGCAUUUUAUGUGUACAAAAGCUGUCUUAUAGCAUAUCAAUGAAUAAAAGAGUAUCUGGU